AUACCAUUCCUCAUGGGUGACUGUACCAUGUGACUCUAGGAGAAGGUGUUUUAAAAAGCAGCCGGACCUGUCGGCAGGAAGCAGAGGUAAUCACGAGGUGUCUGGAGGAGCCAGUGAAAGGAGGAUCUGGGCUGUCGGCACGGCUGAAACUCCGGCAGCCCGUCAGUGUAGAGAUUCAGUAGAGCGGCAGCAGUCCUAGCAUUCAGUCAUGGCAAGCCGUGGCAGCUUCACUGGUUCCGAGUUCUCAGAGGAAGAGUUGGAGCUGAGCCUGCAUGCUCAGGUUGAUGAUGACAGUGUUGAUGGCAGCCUGAAAGGUCCCUUCCCUAACAGCGAAAGUCCCAGCAGCGGUCACAGUGAGGCAGAGGAAGGCCGGGUCAAGAAGCGCAACAGGCCGGUCCGCUCCAAGGCCCGCAGGAUGGCUGCCAAUGUUCGAGAGAGGAAGCGUAUUCUGGAUUACAACCAGGCUUUCAAUGCUCUGCGAGUGGCACUGAACCAUGACUUGAGCGGCAAGCGGCUCUCCAAGAUUGCCACUUUACAGAGGGCCAUCAACCGGAUUUCUGCGCUGUCAGUGUUCCUCAGCAACAACCCACCUGCCGGAGUUGGCAAAGCUUGCAACCACCGUGAAUGCCACAUUCCACCUGCUGGACUGAGGCCGGAAGCUGGGCAAAUGCCUCCUGGAACUUCUACACACCUGGAGCCUCAGGGGUACACUCCUUGGCACCAACCAGUGGGGCACCAGAUGCAGAGUCCCUUGAGCAUGCAUAGAAUAUCUUCUGAGCAGCAGGUUUACAUGGACAGCUUGAGGCACAUGGGUCCUACCUGUCCUCCAUCGCCACACUAUUCUUGCUACUCUCCUGAAGCCCAACUCUACUCAACCAGCGGUACCUGCGGGAGUCCUAUCAGUGAUGCUGCAAGUCCUCCUAGAUUUGGACGACUGGGGGAAGGGUUUGGCUAUCAGCCCGGGGUUUGGAGCUCUUGUUCCCAGGGCCACGUGGAUGGCUAUGGGGAGCCACCUCAGACUUUCCCCUUCUCUUGGCACAUGAACUACCUCCAGGACUCAGGCCCACAGCACUGUUACCCAAUGCUGUGAUGCACAGGAGCUCUGAGAAAACAAGAGAUAAGGACACUGUGUAAGUGCAAUCUCUAUAGCCUGAUCUGAGGCUCUAAUACUGGACUAAUACAUAACCGCUGUUAUUAUGUAGCAGGGUGACACUGUAAAUAUGUUGAAUGUAAUGAGAUCACUGAGUGAUGAAUCAAUAGGUUGCAAACAUAUGCAAUGGCUAUGGAGACUCAUUAACAGAAAAGUCAUGCUAGAAACACUCAGGAAAUUGUCAAAGGAGGCAUCCAGUGUUCCUGUAAAUACAUUCCUCAUUGAUGUCUAAUAAAAUUAUGCAAAAUAUCAAAGUGGGCUGGGUUAAUACUUUUAAUGUAUGUUUGCGUGUUUGUCCGCUUGAGUGUGAGAAUGUAAGUGUACCUACUGUACACUUAGUAUGUACCUAGACAGAGAGUCUGCUUCCGUCUACUAAUUUCUGGAUGGACAAGGC